AUGGAUGCUUUUGUAGACUCAUGGGUACACUACUAUCAUGACUACUGUUAUAUCCAAGACAAGUUGAGAAUUUUCGACAUGAAUGUGGACAAAUCACUCGCAUAUGAGUAUGAAACUAAACAGAGAGCAGGAGCUGACUAUACACCGAUUGGACGAUUUACCAAAGAAGACGCGACUAAGUAUUGGUCUCCUCGUGUGAUGUAUUAUCAGUGGGUGCCAUACGUGUUAUUUCUACAAGCUGUCUUCUUCCUGGUUCCCAAAUUGUUCUGGAAGCUUGUCGGCUCACAUUGGUGUCACGGUGAGCUCAAUGAUUUAAACCUUGCUUUAGGGGUUGAUUUGGAAACAGCCAUUAUUGAGGCUCAAAAGCUCCGAACUCUAGUUGGUGAGGACCGCGCAUCUGCUCUCAACAACCUUGCUAACUUCAUCCGUGACGUCUUGGAAUCGAAGCGUCGAAGAUCGGUGUUUGGUUCAUCGCUAGCCUCCAUUUGUUAUGUGAUAACUAAGUGGCUUGAAGUUAUCAAUGGUUUCGGACAGCUCUACAUGCUCGCAUGUUUCGUUGGUGAAGGUGACUACCUAUGGGGAAUUCAUCUGCUCCACACUGUGCUAAAUGGGACAGAUAAUCCAAAUGCUGGGAUAUUCCCGAGAAUUGUGCUGUGUGACGUCACCAAAUUUGCACUUGCCAAUUUGCACCAAGUGAAUAUGCAGUGUGUGUUGAUGUUGAAUUUCAUCAAUGAAAAAAUCUACACGUUCCUGUGGUUUUGGAUCGUCUUUGUAACGAUGGCGUCUACCUUGUCCGCCAUCAGGCAGACGGUGGCUCUCAUUUUUCCAGUGUAUCGAUCACUUCUUGCUGACAACUUUUUGCCGACACAAGAUGUGCUGUUUUCGAAUGCUUUGGCGGAACAUGGUGUUCGACCUACACCUGUCACUAGCCGUGCUCUUGUGGACUACUUUAUCCACAAAAUUUUAAGAUGUGAUGGGGUCCUUUUGCUCUCGUUCAUCAAUGGAAAUGUAGGUGGUCUUGUUACCCAUGAUAUUGCACACCAGCUAUGGAAGAUAACUGUGCAGCCAAGUUUCAAAAUCGCUGGUACUGCUUCGCCAUCCUCAAACGAUUGCUCAACUAAGAAGAAGGAUUCCUUGUAUUGGCCUGACUACAACAACAUGCCUGAGACUGUGCGGAAGAUGGGCUUCUCCAAACGUCUUGAAGCUGCAGGAGAUCCUCAGCGCAGUCCAGUCAACAACAAUAAGCAACACGCUCCCGCUCAACCCAUGCCCCGUACACGUGCUCUCAGCGUUGGAAAUCUAGAGACAGAAGUCCCUACAGCGCCAAUGGAGUCUUCACCGCUGAUUUCGGAAGGAUCCACGCAGGCCGUCGAUGACGUGAACUUUCCAAUUCAAAGUCUACGUGCUUCACCUGGUUCGAAUCGCCGUCGUUUAGCGAAUAUUUAUCCUGGAGUUGAUCUCGUAGACAAUCGUCGUUCAAAAUAG